AUCGACACCCCCAACUGCGGAAUCCUUUCAGCAUCAGCAAAAAGAGUGUCGAGAUUUUUCACAGAUAAUGUCAACUCUCCCAGUGGUCGAAUGUGUCGAAUUUGUCGAAUCACUACUGCCGAUGGUCGAGCAAAAAAUCCGGAGUGGCUCAAUGCGCUUGCGCCGCGCGUCCGACACGAAUAUGUUCGCGCCCGCCGUAUCGACAGGAUGCGAGAAUGGCUGCUGCAAACUGAUGGAUCCCGAAGGUGGUGCGAUCACUCACAAAGGGAUGGAGGCGACUACCGGUGUUUGCUGCGGCGAUCCAGCAGUUGGUAGCGCCCUCUUCGGGCGGAGGGGGUCCUUGGUCAAGACUCCAAGAUGGUGAUGCCAAUGAGCAGCGAUGCCCCUUCGCUAGCGAUAGAUAGGUUAUGCGAUAAUUCCAGAGAGGGAAUUAUAGCUGUUGCAUGUUGCUACGUUGAUUCUACAGCCUGGGGAGUUAUCUCCGACAAAAUCACCCGGCCCACCAAAGAAACGGAUUGUCGGUGGAUUAGAACGGAUCCCGUACGGGCACAGUCGAGUGUUAAGACUACCGAAAGGUCACUGGUGGAAGGGGGCUGCGGGUCCCGAAGUUAUGGGGAUACUGCAGAUUGCCAUGUCGUGACAGCUGAUUUUUACUUAGGUUGGUGCUCUAGACCGAUGUGUGUGGAAUGGCAAUGACCUGAGAUUCUAGAUCCGUGGAGACAAAUCCUCAAGAAGUCACUAAAUACGCUAUCAUUUCUAUCGGGAACGACCCACCCUGGGGAGAUUGAUAGUCAUCUUGUCGGGAAACAGUAUACCUUGCUUAUAUAACCCGGCAGUGAUGGUAUCGAGAGAUAACGCGUUUCGCCUAGAAAACUAUCACGUUGGGUAGGCGAUCAGGCUCAUAGGAGGGAUCCUGAUUGGGGCGCAUCUUUCAUCCUACCGUUCCGGGUCAGAAGCCUAUCUCAGGCCUACUAUUAGCUUUUGGGUAUGAUACUUUUAAGCCCUGAAAAUAGGUCAUCACUCAGUCGGGAAUUGCUCCUUUGAGUUUCGUAGUUAUGGGUCUGCAGCUCCAGCUGCAUAGCCUUUGGACUUGCAGAACGAAUUGCAAAAAAGCUUAUCAUGUUAAGUCGAUGGUAUGUAAAUAAUGUACAUAGCUCGGGUACUUAAAAUUAGAACUUUCUUAUAAAAAAACUCCGUAUCACUAUGUUUACUCCAUCCAGUUUAUGCCUUGACAG